AUGCCCUUCAACACCUCUACAACUGGCAGCAGCACCUCUGCACCCACCACGGCCGCCACCACAUCUCCUCCCACCACAGCCACCACCAUCUUUGCAUCCACCACGACGCCCUUCAACACCUCUGCACCCACCAUGGCCACCAGCACCUCUACAUCUACCGUGAUGACGUCGAACUCCUCUGCGCUCACCACGACAGCCACCAGGAUGUCUGCGCUCUCCACCAACUCAUCUUCCACCACCGUCUCCACCACCACAGCAACCAUCUCCACCAACACGACCAGUUCUACUGCCGACCACCCAUCCUCCACCAUACCCACCACAACUUCACCUCCCACCACCACAACUUCACCUCCCACCACCAAUACGACCACUUACACUGUCGACCACCCCAACUCCACCCCCCCCCACCAAUACGACCCCUUCCACUGUCGACCACCCAUCCUCCACCAUAUCCACCACGAUUUCACCUCCCACCACCAACACGACCACUUCUACUGCCGACCACUCUUCAUCCAUCGUAUCCACCACGACUUCAUCUCCCACCACCACGACUUCACCUCCCACCACCAACACGACCACUUCUACUGCCGACCACCCUUCAUCCAUCGUAUCCACCACGAGGUCACCUCCCACCACCACCCCAGGUACGUGUCAACCCACCUUCUGCUCCAGGCACGAUGA